GGAAUGGAGGAGGAGCUAAAUGUUCAACUCCAGUCCGUUGACGUCACCCGUACUAAAAAAAGGUCACUUAACCACAUUGUCCCAAAAGUGGACGAGGACACAACUUGCGACUCGUCUUGGAAGCGUUCGGAAUGUUUUUUUUUGUUAAAUUCCUGUUUUUCUCUGCACUUCAGAAGAGAACCUUCUUGACGCACGCGCAGUAACGUAGGUCGGCAGCUGACAGGACGAGCGAAGAAGAAAAGUAAAGGAGAGAAACAGGAAGUUUGACAACAAUUCCAAAGACGCAAAGAAGUAGGGAGCGUAUGCUCGGUGAUGACCAGUGAAAAAAAGCGGAGUGGCUUCCAGAUCACUAGCGUGACAUCAGACUUCAGUCAAACCUGGGCCGGUCAAUCAGCUCCCGGCGUGUUCCUGACAGUCGUCCAAACGUCGUCUACCUCCCACAGUCCCCGGGGCAGCUCCUCCCAGCCCACGACACCCUCUCUGAAGAGGAAACACGUUUCGCAUGAUGCCUUAGGGCAGGGGGCAGGCGCCUCAUCCAGGUUCCGACUGGUCCGCUUGGCAGGAGGCAGCACAGGCGGGCGAGAGCAUGGCGACACAUAUGAGCGCGGCCGUUGGAUGUGCACAGACUUUACGGAUGGGCCGGGGCUGAAACGGGUCAUGGACAGCAUAAGACACGCACAAUCACUGGAGUCUUUGGAGUCAAUUACAGGAGCAGUUCAUUUACCAUCUCAGCCAAUCAGAGAUGGAGGAACGGUGGGGCGACGAGUGCCUUCCCCACCUCCGCCAUUACGCUUGGCCUCUAAUGCCGGGGGGCAGUCGGUCCUCAGGCUGUCUCGCUCUCAGCCGAGCUCUCCCCCUCCCGCUCUGACCGUCAUCCCCACUCCGACGGCGUUCAGCCUGGACCAUAGCGCUGCCUUCAGCCUGCCGGCGGACAUCAGUGUGGUUGCCAUCGACAACAAGAUUGAACAGGCCAUGGAUCUGGUCAAGAGUCAUUUGAUGCUGGCUGUCCGGGAAGAGGUGGAGCUACUGAGGGAGCAAAUCAGGGAGCUGCAAGAGAGGAACCAGCAACUAGAGGCCGAAAACCACGUCCUGCGUGCGCAUGCAGACUUACCAAGGCCUCCCUCACCCACUGCUGCACCAAUGACACAACGGGACAACAGUCUGACGCAGGGGGGAUUGUGAGGGUUGCCACGCCAACAGCACCGUUUUCUAUAGUGCGUGUAAAUUUCCACUUCAAAUUGCAAAAUAGUGCCUAACAUUGUUGAAAACCCAACAUCCAUUAUCCAUCUCUUGUCAAACGGACUAAUCCCUUGGAUCAUUUUUUCUUAAGCUUUCCAUCCACCCAUCCAUUUUGUAUCAUGGCAUGGGCACACCCUGAGCUGGUCGCCAGCAAAUUUCAGGCUACAUUUUGAUGGAAAAAAACACAACCAAAAAAAAACAUUUACAUUCAAAACGGAACCCAUGCAAACACGGGCAGCCGUAGCCAAGAUUUUAACGCGAACCUCAAAACUGUGAGGUAGACAUGCGAACCACUACUCCACUGUGCCGCCCAUUAAAUAAGCAGUCGCUGUGACGUCUGAGCGCUUUCUCUGUCUUUGUGAUUGAUAGGUGAUCAGUGCAGGAUGUAGUGAUUUUAAAAUAAAUUGUUUUUAAAACAAAA